CGCGCGGACCACCCCCGAACCUCGCUCCGCACGAUGAGCAACGGCAGCUUCGGCCAGGCCGCGCCCUCGAGCGGCGGCGGCGGCGGCACGUUCAGCGACGACGUCGACCGGCUCUUCUCCGCGGCGGAAGUCCGCGAGGGCGGCCUCGCGGGCGCGCGCGACGAUCUCGACUGGAACACCCUGGACGAGUCCGUGUGGCGCACGCUCAAGCGCGACGUGGACCGCGUCGCGUCCAACACGCUGCUCGUCCUGAACCCCAUGCGCGUCGCGCGCGACCCCACGCGCCCGAUGCGCGAGUGGGACCUGUGGGGGCCGCUCGUCUUCGUCCUGCUGUUGGGCGUGUGCCUGUCGCACGGCGACGGCGACGACGCGAGCACGGUGUUCAGCGUCGUGUUCGCCACCGUCGCGUUCGGCGCGGUGGCGCUCACGAUGAACGUGCUGCUCCUCGGCGGGCACAUCAUCUUCCUGCAGGCUAUAUCGCUGUUGGGGUACUGCCUCGUGCCGCUGAACGUCGCGGUGUUUCUGAUGUUUAUCUCCGAGAACGUCGUCUGGAGGACGCUGCUGGUGUGCGGCGCGGUGGCGUGGAGCUCGUGGGCGAGCGUGCCGUUCGUGUCCGCGGCGGUGCCCGCGGCGAGACGCGCGCUCGCGGUGUACCCGGUGAUCUUGUUCUUGAUAUCGCUCGGGGUGCUCGCGGCGGUGAGCGCGUGACUGGAGGAGGGGUCGGAGACGGGACGGGGCGAGACUAUUCGCGCAUAUAUUAGGACGUAGGUAGGCGACGACGCGGCGUGGUUUAGAACACGCGUCGCGAUGAUAAUGAAAAUUUCCUAGGUACUCUU